UCAACGCCACUCCACUCCACUCCUAUGGUUCUGUAGUGGUCGGGUAGCCAUGGCGGGUCCUUUCCAUUCCUAAUUCUAUACCACUUCUAAACUUCUACUAUUCUGAAGAAAUCCAGCCUUCUAGGCUUAGCCUUAUUAACCGUCCUCUCCUCUCUGUCGUACCUCCUGGGCGUCAAUCAGGAACAGUCGUGGCGGAAUCCUCACCUCUUGUCAAUUCAGUGCCCUGCACUGUCAUUGAAAGCAGAAGCAGUUGCCCUCAACCUCCCCUGCUUUGGAUUUCUCGAUCCUUGAAUUCCAAGGGAUAGUCUGGUCUACUGGGAGAGAUACCGUCCGCAGAGAGGAGAAUUGCUCAGAUAUGUGCCAGCACCUGCCCAUGAGGCAGGAACAAAUUGGUAUUUCUUUUUUUGUUCUUUUUCAUUUGUAUUUUUAGUCUCUGAAUUUUGGGAGGUCUUUGUUUAUGUAAUUGUAGAGAAUUGGGGUGUAUUGAGGGAUUUGGGUCUGAACAGAUUUUCCCACGAAGCUCUCGGUCUUGACUCUCGAUCGAGUAGUGACAGAUCUUCUUUGGGAAGUCUACAGGGAAGAGGACUGACACAGGCAGAAUUGAAUUUGGGGGUGCAACUGCGAAGAAGGUGGUGGCGCGUCAGGGGUGAGGAGGGGGGCUGGGGCAGGGAGGACGAAGAAGGUGGUGAUGGGCAGCUGGUUAGGGGCGACCUGUUUAGAAAUGGGUAAUCUGGGAUUUUAAAAUACCAUGGAGUAGAGGUGGAACUUUGCUUUUCGGGGGAGUCAAAAGAAGUUCAAGGUAGGGACUUUGAGUAAAUAUAGGGGGAGUGAUAGUAAUUGGGCCAUACAAAAAGCAUUAAAGCUGUUGAUCUCCUCAAUAUUUAUAUCAGCAAUGAGUCCAUGACUCAACCCGAGACUUCCACUGGAUCUUGAAUUACAGCUUUAACUAUGGCUGGAGUUGCAGUUGCCACAGUGGUUCGAAGUCUUGGUGACCUUAUUGGUAAGCAGCUUUAUGAAGAAGUAUCUCUUCUGUAUGGAGUUAAAGAUGAAGUUGAAUGGAUUCAAAGAGAGCUGUUACGGAUACAAUGCUUCCUAAAAGAUGCAGAAGCCAUAGAAAAGGAUAAUGAAAGAGUCAAGAAUUGGAUAAGAGAAGUGAAGGAAGUGGCCUCCAUGGCAGAGGAUGUUGUGGACACCUUCAACCUCGAAAUAGAAGGCCGUGGCACAAUCAGGAGGGGUGGAUUCAGGGGCAUCCUCAACAAUUAUAUUUCCAUCUUCAAAAAGCCCAUAACCCGACAUAAGGUUGGAGAAAAGAUACAAGAGAUCAGGCUUAAAAUCCAUGAGAUCUCUGAGAGCAGAUCAACUUAUGGCAUGGGAAACAUUGAUACAGGGGGAGAAGGGAAAAAUUAUGAGAGGCAAAGCCUGAAAGAAUGGAGGCGAUCUUCCCCUCAUAUUGAGGAACCAGAUUUUGUUGGUUUCAAGGAAGACAUAGAGUUGUUGGAGGCAAGACUGUUGCUGCGGGAGGAACGCAGGUGCGUAGUUUCUAUAAUUGGGAUGGGUGGUUUGGGUAAAACAACUCUUGCUAAGAAGCUUUAUAAUCGUGUUAGAAAUUAUUUUAGCUGUCUUGCUUGGAUCUACAUAUCCCAAGAAUAUGUACUGGAAGACCUCCUACAAUAUAUAGGCAAAAGAGUUGGGCUUCCAGAUGUGAUGAAGAUGAAUCAAGAAGAGUUGAAGGAGGAACUCUACAAGUUCUUGACGAGGAGGAAGUACUUGAUCGUAUUGGAUGACAUUUGGAAAACAAGAACAUGGGAUGAGCUUCAGGCAGCUCUGCCAGAUGGUUUCAGUGGGAGUAGAAUAAUCAUAACCACUCGCAAUAGAGAUGUAGCCAUACAUGCUGAUGCGAGGACACCCCCUCAUGAGCUACAUUUCCUAGAUGAGGAGGAGAGCUGGGAAUUGUUCUCAAGGAAGGUUUUCCCAAAUAAAGAAAUCGACAAUAGUUAUUGUCCUCCGGAGUUGCAGGGUUUGGGCAGAGAUAUAGUGGCAAAAUGUGGUGGGUUACCUCUAGCUCUUGCAGUAAUGGGAGGUCUCUUAUUAAGGAAACAGAAAAUGGUUCAAGCAUGGAAGACAGUACUGCAAAGCAUGAAUUGGCAGCUUGAUCAAGACGACCAUUCUUGUAUGAAAAUAUUAGCCUUGAGUUACAAUGAUCUACCUGACUGUCUCAAGUCUUGUUUCCUCUAUUUUGGUAUUUUCCCAGAAGACCAUGAAAUUUGUACAAGCAAAUUGAUCAAUAUGUGGGUUGCAGAAGGAUUCAUCAAACCUCGGGGUCAGGAAACAUUGGAAGAUGCCGCAGAAGAUUGCUUGGACGAGAUAACACGACGGAGCUUGAUUCAAUCAGUAACUAGAAGGUUCGACGGAAGGAUCAAGUCAUGCCGCAUUCACGAUCUUCUUCGAGACCUCUCCAUUUCGUAAGCCAAGGAAGGUAACUUUUUAUACAUCUGUACUGAAAACAAGGUAGAAGGCCCUGAAUUUCCAUCCAGAGUGCAUAGAAUUGCUUUUCAUCGUACAUUCUCUCUGAGUAAAAGCAAUCAACGAAUCCGUACCAUUAUUACCUUCCAAAAUGUACCUGAAGUGUACUUUCGUAGUCUGUGCAGAGAUUUCAACUUCUUGGUAAUUUUGGAUCUUCAGGGAGUUGAUACAAGAAUUCCUGAUGGAAUCGGAGAACUUAAAAAUUUGAAGUACCUAGGGUUACAAGGUGCUAUCAAACAAAGUCUUCCAUCCACUGUAUGUCACCUCCUCAACCUACAGACCUUGGAUGGAAGAGGAUCAAUCCUUGAAGUACCAGCCACUAUCUGGAAUAUGAGAAAGUUGAGACAUUUGUAUGUGGAAGUGGAUUCCAAAAUUCACCUUCCACAACAGGAAAAUGAUGUCUCUGUAAGUGCCCUCCAAACUCUUUCCCAGUUGAAUACUGACACUUUGAGGUUUAAUGGGUGGAAUCACUUGAGAAACUUGACUAAUCUUAGGAAACUGAAAUUAUAUGGUAAUUACAUGGGAAAAGAGGAAUUGGCUAGAUUACCUGAGUGCCUGCAGUCUCUGUGGUUGGACAAGGGUUUCCAAACAUUCAAAGGAUUGGUGUUUUCUUGCUAUCUGCAUCUUCAUAAGUUGUCUUUGAAGGGAAGAUUAGAGAAGUAUCCUGACAUCCAUGAGUUCCCACCAAACCUAGCUAAGUUAACACUGGCUUAUUCCCAAUUGGGGGAUGAUCCUAUGCCAUUGCUAGAGAGGCUACCAUGUUUAAGGAGUCUCAUGUUAUUAGAUGAUUCAUAUGUGGGUGCAAAAAUGGUUUGCUCCAUGGGGGGUUUUCAGAGACUUGAAGACUUGCAACUUGUAGGUCUGCGUCAAAUGUUGGAGUGGGAGAUAACAGGAGGGAUGCCAAGACUUGAAAGGUUGACCGUUCAUUCAUGCUCAAGAUUAAAAAAGAUCCCUGAUGGAUUGAAGGGGAUAACCACCCUCAGGGUACUUGAUAUCAAUAUGCCUCUAAGCUUCAAUUCCAGGAUGGAUUUGGACAAGGUGGAUUGGGACAAGAUCAAACACGUACCCUCAAUUAUAACAACAAUAAGCAAGUCUGAUCCCAGGUUAGACAGGAUCCCAACAGGAAUCUCUAUUCCGAAACAAGAAGACCUCCCAUGGUAUCAAAGGGAUCACAUCGCUUUGAUGAGAGAAGAAAAACCAUGGAACACAGGGUGCUGUCAUCAUGCGAUCAAGAACUAGAAUAGGAAUCUGGGGUACUCAGUAGGGUGAGUUCGUGGGGAGAGGAAACUGUUUCGCAAUGUGGGAGUACCAUUUUGCAACAUGGAGUAGACGGAACUCCUGGAAUAGUGCAGAAUGAGAUUAGACCGAGUUUUCCAUUUCUCUCAAUGAAGAGAUAAUCUCUUCAUUCAUCGAUUUUGGUGCUCAGAUAGAACUCCUGAAAUAGUGGAAAGGAUAGUUUGGACGUUCAUAUACAGAGGCAUGUCAUUUUGAUGGGAUUCCCCUCUCCUAUGGUGAAAGAACUUCUUUUUUUGGGUGAAUGUAAAUAAUUCGCGGAUUGUGAAUGAACCCGACCUUGAAGAAAUUUGUAUUCCAGAAGCAGAUCUGAAUAAAUGGAAAACACACACACUGUAAAGCAUCCUCACUAUCCACCCCCUACCCCUUACGGCUCAUCCCAAAACUACUUAUAUUCGUUGGAUGAGAAACCUGACAACUGCCAUGUGAACCCUCCAAGGUUCGUUUCUAUCAUUCAAGAUCCAAAGUUUACUAGCAAGAUGGGCUUUUUCCUGGCGAGGAAGAUCAUACAGCCAAUUCUAUCCAGUCUAAGAAGCCAAAUAUUGGCCAGCAAGUGUGUGCUUUGCAUGAAAGACGAUGAAAUGACAAAACACAUUAAUUUCCCUGAAUCCUAUCAUAUUGCCUAUCGUGAAAGUGGAAAUCACGGGUUAUCUUGCUGGCUCAUGUAAGUGUACUCUUUGCAGCUGGAAAGGGGUGAGCCUUAGCAAGAGAGGACAUGCUUGCUUUAAAUGUCUUCACAUUCUAUCAGAUAUUCAGAUGGGAGAUAUGGGAAGAAUGCAACAGGUACAGUUUUUGAAACUGAGCCAAAGUUGAGGCAAUUCAGAUAUAUUACCAGUGGGCUAGUCUGUGGCACAACGGUUGAGUUACACUAUUGUAACAUGUUGGUCACAUGUUCAAAAUCUGAAAACAGCCUCCGAAGCAGGGGGUAGGGUCGUGUACAUUUGCUCCUGGCGGGUUACCCGCCAGUGAAGUUAGAUAGGAUUGUCAAGAGGAGGGCUCGAGCUGACCAAGUCAUAGUUCAGUACUGGUCCUGGCUUAAUCCCUACCGUGGUCCCAUCGAGCCAGCCCCAAAAACCAGAAAACAUUGUUCACGAGUUAACCCCACAGUAUUGUCCUCAAGUGGAGUUCUAGAAGACCAGCCAGCUGUCCCACAAAUUUGGAAGAAAUUGAAGCUUCAAGGAGUCCAGCAGCAGCCAUCAAUUUCAGCAAUAUUGUUUAAGAUUUUGUUUCGUUUUUAGCAUUGGCUUGAUUCUAAGUCAAAUAUGGUGUUAUGAAUUUCUAUUUCAGAUUUGCUUGGUUAAUAAGUAGCUAAUUUAGGAAAUUUUAGUUCGUUUCUAUUCCUAUGUUAGUUUCCUUUUAUCUUUACUUUCUAUUUUGUAAGCUGAACUCAAUCCUAUAAAGAGGAGCUGUUGUAAUCAAUUUAAAAAGUUUAUGAAGAAUGAUUUAGAGAUGGCUUAUAUU